AUGGCCGCAACGACACCGACAGCGCUACCUGAGGUGCUGUCCGAGUUCGAAGCAGCUUCAAAUGCAGCACUGAACGGGCUUCCUGCAGCGGAUGCGAUUCUACCACCGGAAGACGGGAUCACACUGUUCGAUACGAAGAACGAGAUCUUCCUCGCAUAUUUGCAAGCGCUCGCACUGAGGAAUCUGAACGUCAUCCGCAGCGUAAAAGCCGGUAGUGAUGUGCACAAGGCGCAGAGCUUAAGUGAUGAGAUCACUAAGAAAUUGAUCGAGCAGAGAGUGUACCUCGAACGAGGCGUGGGCCCGCUGGAGAAGAAGCUCAAGUAUGAAGUCGAUCGAGUGGUGAAGGUGGCUGAUGAGGAGGAACGAAAUAUCACUCAAAAGCUGCAACAGGCGGUCAAGGCAAAUGGGCAUGCGAGGGAGAAAGAGGGUGGAAGUGUGAGCGGGGAAUCUGGUUCAGACUCAGACUCGGACGGUGAUGGGGGCCUUGCCGGCGACGCAGAUGCAUUUAUUCGUCCCGACUCAUCGAAAUUGUUCGGAGACAAAGGCCCGCAAUCAACGGAUGCUGUCUCUGCAGCUCGGGAAAAGAGUGCUUCAGAUGGUGUCUACCGCCCGCCACGAAUCUCGGCCACGGCCAUGCCCACAACCGAGCGGCGGGAAAAGAAGGAGCGAGGUCCCGGACGGUCUGCAACUCUCGACGAGUAUGUCUCGACAGAGUUGUCUGCGGCGCCACUCGCGCAGCCUAGCAUCGGCUCGAAUUUGGCAGCUGGCGGCAGAACGAGCAAGAAUGCAAGACAGAUGAAAGAAGAGGCCGAGAGAAGAGAUUAUGAGGAGACACACUUGACACGUCUGCCGGCUAUGAGCAAGAAAGAGCGCGCGAAGAAGGGCCUAGGUAGAGCAAGGGACGGAGGCUUCGGCGGAGAAGAAUGGAGCAACAUAGGUGCCAGCUUGGAUCGUAUUGGAGACCUGACGAAGCGAAAGGGCAAGGAUAGUGCACUGGACAAGAGUAGGAAGCGAAGAGCUGUGGAGGAUGGACCACGUGGCGAUGGCAUUGGCGCAAGCUUUGACACGAAAAAGAGAAGACUGGCAAAGAAGGGCAGGAUUUGAGCGGAGCUGGCCAUAAUCCUCUUCACCUCGCCAUUCCGAAUAUGGGUCCGGUUGGGAUGAGCAAAACCCAUGUCUUCCGCCGUUUCCCGUAAUACAACCACCUUAG